AUGGCAAGAGCGUUGAGGGAUAUAUCAUUAUUCAAUGAUAUAAGAAAGGAUCAAAAUUCGGCAGGAGCCAAGCAUGAGAGAUAUAACAUGAGAGAUCUCCGAAGUAAGAAGAACCAGCAUGUAAAUGGCAUAGAUGAUUAUGAAGAUGAUUCGCUUGACAGAUUUAUAAGAAGGAAGAAAUCCAGAGUUGUGAAAUACAUUCCAUCAUUGUCAGCGUAUAAUGUGUUCAAUGAAUUUCCUUACUAUCCUACGUCAGCCAGUCAGUUACUAGACGGCAAAUUAGACGAAUUUCUAAUGCUGUCAGAACAAUACAAAAGUAGAUUACCCAAAAUACGCAAGCUAGGAUGGAAUAGAUUCAAACCAAUAGGCAUUAAUAAAACUAUGUACGAAUUAGAAAUGCUAAGGUCUCGAGCACGAGCUCAAAACGCGGAAGGGAACAAUGAGGAAGACUUCAGGCAGCACGAUUCUAGAGAAGAGGAUCCAAGAAACAAUGGCUCUAUAGGACGCGUGAUACUGCCUCAUAUUCUACAGGAAAAUGAAGAAUAUGAUACUGGUGAGGGUGUUACAGGAUUGCAUAGCAUGCCAAAUGACAGUAUGGCCAUACUUGCGAAUAACAGUGCUAAUAAUUCGCAAAAUGAGGAAGUAUCAGAGGAGGAUGAAAUAUCAUACGAUUAUGAUGCAGAGUUCGAUCAUGUUGUAGAUGAGGAUGAUAAUGAGGAGGGAGAAGUGCCGGGGGAAGGUGUGGAAGGUAUAGAAGUUCAGAGAGAGAGAAUUGUGCCGGAUGACUUAUUAAUGAGACCCACUUCACUGUCACGCUCCCUACAACAGUUUGUGGAAGAGGCUCAUCAUUUAGAUAGAAACCCAUAUGAUAUUGACAGUGAUAACGACGGAGAAGAUUCAAAGGUAGAACUGGACAUGAAUCCGGAUUUUGAAGAUGACGUGGGAAGAGAGCAUGAUUAUAAUAGCGAAUACAGCCAAGAGCCGACUUCUUAUGGUGGGAUUACACCUGAUCUAGCGAGUAAUUGGAGGAAUUGGACUAGGGAGAGGAUAACUAGUUUAGAUGAAUUAAUGGAGAGACGAGCCAGGCAGCAACGAGGUCAAGAUUAG